AUGAGCAACAUCCGAACUAUCACUCUAAACGAUGGAGUAGAAAUCCCAGUACUAGCAUUCGGAACAGGUACAGCACAAGCUUGGACGGAUACUUCACCCAUUGUUACUCUAGCCCUCCAGAAGGGUUAUAGGCAUUUCGAUUGUGCGUGGCAUUAUAAGAACGGGGUAUAUACUGGGAAAGCACUGAAAGAGAGUGGUAUACCAAGAGAGAAGAUCUUCAUCACUUGCAAAAUCGGUAGUUUCGAUGAUGAUCCAUCUGAAUUCGAUACUAGGAAAUUUGUGGAUGCGGUUCUCAAAGAUCUUCAAGUGGAAUAUAUCGAUUUACUAGUUCUUCACGCGGAUAUCUUAGUAGGAUCGAUAACACAGGCUUGGAAAGCGAUGGAAGAAAUCAAGAAAGAAGGAUUAGCACGUUCAAUAGGUUUAUCCAAUUUCUCGACCAAAUCGCUUGAAGAGAUAUUGAGUAUCUGCGAGAUCAAACCGUCCAUUAACCAAAUUUAG